AUACGCAACUAUUAAUUUCACUUGGUUAUUCUCCUACCCUCCAUAUCUUUAUGUGCGUAUCUCUCUCUGACCAUUUGACCCUUCAAAUCUCUCUGUAAAAUCUUGUUUUGUAAAAGCCUUAAAGAAAGCUCAAAAGUUUCCAAAAUGAGGAACAUAUAUCCUCACAUAUUGCUUCUUGUCAGUAUAGUUUUCUUGGCACUUGACCUUGGUGAAAGCCUCCAUCCUCAUCAUUUUACUUACAAAGUGAAAGGUGGUUAUGGUGAAUCCCAAAAUCAUAAGCAUCCCAAGGAAGGGAAAAACGUAGAACUUGGAAUGGAUUUAUACCCUACAGGAUCAAGCAUACCAGAUUGCUCACAUGCAUGUGGGCCAUGUUUUCCAUGUAGGAGAGUGAUGAUAAGUUUCAAGUGUUCCAUGCCUGAAUCAUGUCCUGUUGUCUACAGGUGUACUUGUAGAGGCAGAUACUAUCAUGUUCCAUCGAAUUGAUAUGUAUCUAUUGAUCAUGCAUGGGUAUAUUAAAUUGAACUUAUGGUAUAAUGUGGCUCAUGAAGGGAAAUUUGUAGUGGUGACAUAGUUGCUGAAGUUGAAUAUUUUGGAAUCUAAAUUGAUAUUGAGUUUUGUAGAUAUGAUCUUUCAUGAUCGUAGUUUUGUCAGCAGGUUUUUUUUUCAUGUUAAUUUUUGCUAGGUUAUUGUAUGUUCUUGUGAUUUGGGUUUAUUUGAAAUUGGUGUAAGAAUUCAGAAUCUUAUUUGAA